AUGUCGUCGAGUACCGUGACCGAGAUCAAACCAGAGGAGCACCAAGAUGCCAUCGACACGCUCGCAGCCAUCUUCCCACAGCUGCCUCGGUCGACCCUGCAACGUUUCUUCGUCGCGUCGUCGCGCGACCUCGAGCGCGCGACCACCGCUUUGCUGGGACACGACAACAAUGUCAAACCUGCCAGCGCCGCCGGGCGACUCGUCACCACUUGGGACAGCACCGGUCUUCGGGCCGUCAAGAGGAAGCGCAUAGAGAAGCUUGAUCACUGGCUCAAACCAGCUUCGUCGUCGACGAUGCGGCUGCCAGCCCAAUCGCGAGGAGCGGCAUCGACCCCACCCUCGCCCAAGCGCGAAGUCAAAACAACUUCAACCUCGACCGUCGAUGCGUACCAACUGUUGCAGCGAAAGCCAACGUCCAAGACGCCGGAAUUGAGUGCGACGUCGAAUACCGGCGGAUUGGCGAAUCCUACGACAGGAGCGGGUACAACGCCGACCCAUCUGCCUCCUUUGACCUUGUCAACCCCAGAAGCGAUUGCCAAACACACUCGUGGUCGCAUCAUUCUCAUCCCCAACGUCCUGCCAAAAGAGUUGGCCAACAUGCUUUUCAAAUCAAUGCUCGAAGAGAAUGAUGGACGUGCGCAAGAAGGAAGCAAAGAGCCAUGUCAGUCAAAUCGGAAGAGCCGCCCAUGUCUAAUAGCCCAGUUGAGCCUCGUCAUUAACUUUAUCAUCGGUUGCAGGGGAACGUAAUAAGUGGUACAUGUUCGACCGCGAAGUUGAAUCGCCGCACACAACCUCUUUUUACCUUGAGAAAGCGCCUUUAGUCGGAGACGAGGAUCUGGUCAACGCGACAAACGUCGCCUUGUCCACGCACUGGUACAACGGCACGAAACGCCAGGGGCGCUAUUUCACUCCACUUAUGGACCAGGCGCGCUCCUUGAUCCAGCCUUUAGUUAACUUGAUACUCGGGUCCCGUCGGCGCCAUCCCCUCGAGUACACCGCGGGUGAAUGGGUACCCAACGUCGCCGCUGCCAACUGCUACCGAGGCGCCAAGGAAAGCGUCGGACCCCAUUCGGAUGUCCUCACGUAUCUUGGCCCGUUCCCGACCAUCGCGUCGCUCUCCUUGGGAUGUACCCGACCUUUUCGUCUGCGACCUUUCAUACCUUUGCCUGGCAUCGAAAUGAGAUCACUCGAUCUCGUGCUGCCCCACAACUCACUGUGCCUGAUGCUCCCGGGCACGCAAGAGUUUUACAAGCACUCGAUCCAGCCCGUCUCGGCCCUCGACACGUUCAGGAUUCCGGGCCAAGAAGAACGCUACCGCGAACGAAUCAAUGUUAGUUUCGUUUGAAGCUGCUUCAGUCCUAGAUGCAGGCCGCCGUGCAGAUCUAACGAUUUCGGCUUUUCCCGAAUUCGAACACAGAUCACGUUCCGGCAUUACCGCCCCGACUAUGCGCCUUUGCCCGUCCACACGUCGGUACCACUUACUGGCGGAGCAUACGCUGGAACACCACAUUGUCAAUGCAACUUGCCUACAAUCCUCAGACCGGACGGUAAAGGACGGGCGAGGGCUUAUCUGCAGAAGGAUAAGCCGAAGGUAGACUCGGACAUGAAAGAGGGGGAAGAAGGUGACGAUAUGGUUUUUUUCUGGACCUGCUCGGCAUCCCAGGUCGUUCCUGGGCAUAAUUGCGGUUUCUGGAAGUUGUUGUCGGAGCAACAAGAGGGUCGUGGUCCCUGGUUUAGGGGCAGAAGUGCCAAGCCGUCCGGAUUGGCUGAUCUUGGUGAUUGA